UGUGGAGGUUAGUGUGUCUCUGCUACUUCCUGCCUCACUGACAGCUUAGCCGCACUAAAAGGAAACCAGAGCAACCAGACUUCAUUUGAGAGCCUGCCGUGUGAUGACGGACUGAUCGGCUGCGGCAUCGUCGAGAAGCAAUCCACGGAUGAGUUCAAAGAUCGGAGAAUGAAUGAAGCACCGUUAGAAACAGUAACUCCUUCCAGUCCCACAACACCAGCUGUGGUCCAGUUCCAGCUGGGCCUGUUCAGGGAGGUGGUUCAAAUCCCUGCUGGCAACCUGAGCUACCGAUAUGCCCAGAGGCUGGCAGCUGAGGUCAUAGAGCGCAAGGCUCCAAACUACACCGUGGUGGGUGUUGGGGAGAAGAUCCUGCUGUACAGACAUCAGCCCACCUCUGAGCAGCUGCUGCAGCGCCUGACCGACUACGAUGAGCUGCGAGACGGGGAUCUGAUUGAGGUCAUCAUCGCAGGAUCAGCUUCUGUGACUGAGAUGAGGAUCCGUCCACACUCCCUGGUGGUCCAUUCGUAUCGGACUCCCACCUUCUGUCACCACUGUGGAGAGAUGCUGUGGGGCCUCGUACGUCAGGGUUUGAAAUGUGAUGGCUGUGGCUUAGACUUCCAUAAACGCUGUGCUCUCCAGCUGCCCAGCGACUGCAGUCGGGCACGGCGUCAAGUUAGCACGAGUCUGUCCUUGUUUCCGCUGCGACGACCACCUACACACUCGCUGUCCAAUCAGGCAGGGGGCAGCCUGGAAGAGAUCAGCAAGCCCUCAUCUAGGCCUCCAUCCUGGGCUGAGCCUCCAGUCUGGCUGGGAGUCGGUUAUGGAGUGAGGAGCAGAGCUCAGGUCCCUCACACCUUCCACAUCCACAGCUACACCAAACCCACCAUAUGCCAGUACUGCCACCGGCUGCUUAAAGGGCUCUUCAGACAGGGGAUGCAGUGCUCAGACUGCAGGUUUAACUGCCACCGGCGCUGUGAACCAUCGGUCCCCAGAGACUGUCCAGGCGAGCGGAGAGUCAUGAACGGGGACGAAUCAGCUGGUCACAGCUGCCCACCAGAGUCCGACGACAAUGAAUCAGUGCUCACCUACCUCACGCCAGACGUCUCUGAUGACGAGAUGUCUGCUGAUGGUGACUCACCAGCUGAAACCAGUGAGGUUGAGGAACCACGAGAGCCAAUGAGUCCGUGCUUCAGCAGCAACAUCCCUCUGAUGAGGCUCGUCCAGUCCGUGCAUCACACUAAGAGGAGAACUGGCCGAGUUCUGAGAGAGGGAUGGCUGCUGCAUCACACCAACACAGACACACUGAGGAAACGGCAUUACUGGAUCCUGGACUGGAAAAGCAUCACUCUGUAUCAGAAUGAGAGCAGCACCAAGUACUAUAAGGAGAUCCCCCUGUCCAAGGUGCUGCAGAUUCGAGGCCCCACCCAGCUCUCCGUGCCCUCGUUGCCAGUGGAUGAUGCCCACUCCUUUGAGCUGGUGACGGCCUCGCUGGUGUUCUGUGUGCAGGCUGGUGCAGAGGGGCCAGCCUGGGAGAGUGCCAUCUGUCAGGCUCUGAUGCCCCUUCAGAGCAGCAGGGGAGCGAGUGAGGACCACCAAGAUAGACAUCAACAUGGACAUAAUGUGGACAUCAGCUCAGUGUAUCAGAUCUUCACAGACGAGGUUCUGGGUUCAGGGCAGUUUGGCGUGGUAUACAGAGGUACUCACAGGAAGUCAGGUCAACCAGUCGCCAUCAAAGUCAUCGACAAGACGCGCUUCCCCACCAAACAGGAGACACAGCUGAGGAAUGAAGCAGCCAUCUUGAAGAAUCUCUCUCAUCCCGGUGUGGUUCUACUGGAGGGGAUGUCCGAAACCUUGGAGCACGUUUUUGUUGUCAUGGAAAAGCUCCAUGGAGACAUGCUGGAGAUGAUCAUGUCCAGUGAGAAGGGCCGGCUCCCUGAACGCAUCUCUCGUUUCCUGGUCAUUCAGAUCCUCGAGGCUUUGCGUUAUCUGCACUUUAAACACAUCGCCCACUGCGACCUGAAACCUGAGAAUGUCCUGCUGGCCUCUGCAGACCCCUUCCCUCAGGUGAAGCUGUGCGACUUCGGCUUCUCUCGCAUCAUUGGCGAGAAGUCCUUCCGUCGCUCAGUUGUGGGCACCCCGGCCUACCUGGCACCUGAAGUGAUCAGAAGCAGCGGCUAUAACCGCUCUCUGGACAUGUGGUCCGUGGGCGUCAUCAUGUACGUCAGCCUGAGCGGCACGUUCCCCUUUAACGAGGACGAGGACAUCCAGCAGCAGAUCACCAACGCCGCCUUCAUGUACCCUCGCCAGCCAUGGGCCUCCAUCUCAUUGGAAGCCGUGAGCCUCAUCAACAACCUGCUGCAGGUGUCGGUGAGACGCAGGUUCACUGUGGGCAAAGCGCUGGGACACUCCUGGCUGCAGGAUUUCCAUAUGUGGUGUGACCUCAGAGAGUUUGAGCUGAAGAUGGGCUGCAGGUAUCUGACGCAUCAAGGAGACGAGGAGUUCUGGAUGCGAUAUGCUCAGUCGAGGGGGCUGAGCUUCCCAUCCCAUCUAUCUCUGUGUGGAGAAUGAGCCAGGCAUGUGAUCACAGCACUGAGGAUAAAGGUUGGAUAUUUUAGUCUGUGCAGCACAGAGAAGACAUUUUCUAAGCUAAAAACUGGUCGGAGGCUGUAAUGUUGAAUAAUGACUGUUGUGGAUAGCAAGCAAGAAAAGUGACAUGUCCAUCCACUCAAGGAUCAGAAAAAAACACCACAAACAACUGUUGUUUAAUAAUAUAGUUUCCUUUUUUAUUCCAUCUUGAGGUUUUUGAAAUGUAACCGUUUGAAUGUAAGUUUUUGUAGCAUCAGCGAUGAUAAAGAGGCUGAAUUGAGGGAGGAGGAGAAUGAAGCACAGCUGAAAUCAAAAUAGCAUCCAACAUGCUCAGGGGAGUCGACUCGUACCAAUCAUCAUGGCUGACCUGUCAUUUUAAAAAGGGACCAAAACCCCGUGUGCUUCCUCACUGAUACAGGCCUACUAUAGGCCCACAUGCAGCAUCAAUUCUUUUGUCCACAACUUUCUUGACAUCCUGUCUCUCACUGCUCGACAUCUUUCUCCACCUGCCUGCGCCUGUCCUCCUCUUUACUAAUUUGAGUGAAAAGGAGUUUGGACAGAGAGGAGAAAGGUGUUUCUGGCAUUAACAGUUUUAGUCUUUCUGUGUUCAUUCCUGAGUCCUCAUCAAGCCAUGUCUGUCUUAGUAUUUACCCACAAUGCUUUGCUUUCUGUCUGCAUCUUAAGCUCUGAAUAUUAAGAGUAGGCCCUCUCAUUCAGCCUCCCUUUGUUCCUGAAUUUAAGGCUUUAAGAUCUCCAGGUUCAAAUCCAGCUUUGCUAAUUUUUCAGGUUUCACAGUGCUGUGUUUUUGCUAGAGAUGUUCCAG